AGACAGUCCGGAUCCGGACUGUGGCGGUAGGGUUAGCCGCGAUCCGCUCCGGGUUUUCCCGCGGCCCAUGUGUGGCCCAGCUGAGGUGACUGGCAGGACUUGUUUACUGGUGGAGAGACUAGCAGAAAAGAGAGACGGAAAGAGGGGGAACCUGAGGGAGAGCUAUCGCUAAACGGAACGGGAAUCCAAGUUUUUACACUUGACCCGUCUUUUUAAGUCUUUUUACGUUUCUUUACCUCGUCGUUUUUGGACUAUCGGAGACGGGUUACUGACUUUGCGUGUGUCUGUGUGGGUUCUUUCUUUUAUUUUUUAACUCUACCGCCGACACCGAAACCUCGUUUGUUUUGGAUUAGCUAGCUAACGUUAGCUGCCCCCCCCCUCCAACAGCUAACGUUAAUCUGAGAAAAAGAAACGGGCGGCGUGGUGGAGAGUUUCCUCACUUCAAAGCAGCGUGUAUGCUAACCGGAGACGAUAUUUUUCACGUUUUUUUCUCCCCCCGCCUUCCUCCCUCGCCUCGGGUGGGAAAGAAGUAACGUUUACAUCCCAAGUCCACCCCUCCUCUUUGUUUUUCUUUCUGUCGUUUUGUCGUUUUAUGGGUGUUCAUUCGUGUGCAGCGUGGUGGUCAGCGGGGGUGAAGGAGUUCAGAGGAAGGUCGUCGCCGUCGUCGUAGGGAAAAGCUGCACGUUUUUCCUGCACGUAGCUCUCUCGGAGGUUUCCUGGGAUGUGCUCCCAUCUGUCUUUAAAAAGGAUGAGCUUCUGAGAAGAUACCAGCGACACCAGGGCUGACAUAAAGACCUGUGGACUUCAAGAAGAGAGAGAGACCCUGCCAACUCCCCCUCUCGACUCCGUGUAUCCACAACUUGAGCCUGUGUCUGCGUGAAGAACAGAAGAGGAGUCUGUUUUUUUUUUCCUCUUCUUCUUCUGAGCAUUUUGUUUUUCUCUUUUGAAGUGGGUCUUCCCUUACUGGAGCGGUUCGUUACAGAGAGAUGAGCCCGGGGCCAGUGGACCUCCAUUGGGGACCUCCAAGCUAGCCCCCUCUGCGUGUGGGAUAUUAAUAAUAUCCAUAUUAAUACAGUCACUUCUAUCUCGAUCCACCCGAAAUUAAACAGAUGAGCGUGGACUGUCGCCUUCACUUAUGGAAAAUGAAGAUCUUCACUCGCACAUGUGUUGCCAGAACCCAAGAUCACGUUAUUUAGUGGUCUGCAUUUUUUCCAGGGCUCACAUACAUCACAAACUUGGCUGGGAAGGUACUCAUACAUUUAUUACCCAGCCCCCCCGGCUGACGGGGGGCCACCUUGAAUCACUUGGCUAUAUUGGACCUUAACUUUGUUUGUGUUUUUUUUCUUUUGUUUUUUGGAUUUUUAGUUUAAUACUUUUGAUAUUCCAACUACUACUACUACUCCUUUUUUUAAUACACAUUUCUCCCUCAAGAUUGAAGUUUGUUUUUUGUUCGAGAAGCUUCAAGAGGAGAGCACAAGUCUAAAAGUCAAAAUGAGACGGUGGACGCUAAAGCUGCGAGCACAAAUUGUGUUUUUUAUCAUCGGCACCUGCAUCAUAUGCCAGUGUGGACUAAUAAACGGAGAAAUCUGCCAGAGUAAGGACAUCCGGAACAAUGUGACCAACCUCCAGUCAUUGGAGAACUGCACCAUCAUUGAGGGCCACCUGAAGAUUCUACUCAUGUUUAAGACCAAGACCGAAGACUUCCGGGGUCUCAGCUACCCGAAGCUUCGAGUGGUGACUGACUACGUGCUGCUGUUCAGGGUCUAUGGCCUUGACACCCUCACCGAUCUCUUCCCCAACCUGACAGUGAUCCGUGGAAACAACCUCUUCUUCAACUAUGCCCUUGUGAUUUACGAGAUGCUGCAGCUGAAGGAGGUGGGACUGCACAGCCUCAUGAACAUCACACGGGGUGCUGUCAGAAUCGAGAAGAAUCCCGACUUGUGCUACCUGGCAACCCUGGACUGGUCCAAGAUCCUGGAUUCCUCUGAGGACAACUUCAUCGUGGCCAAUAAGAAUGAGAGAGAAUGCGGAGAUGUGUGUCCCGGCACAGCCCAAGGUCAAACCAUCUGCACGCAGAACACCAUCAACGGACACUUCAGGGGACGGUGCUGGUCGCAGAACCACUGCCAAAGAAUGUGCUUGGACAAGUGUAAGCAUGGUGCGUGUAGCCUCCAGGGCCAGUGCUGCCAUGACCAGUGCCUGGGCGGCUGUUCUGAGCCAGGUAACGCAAGUAGCUGUGUGGCCUGCAGGAACCUCCAGCAUGGCAGCACCUGUGUGGAGAAGUGUCCUGCUGGAUUCUAUGUCUUCAGGGGCUGGCGCUGCGUCAGCUUUGGCUUCUGUCAGGAGCUCCACAACCAGUGUAGGCAGACUAGGAAGUUGGACCAGGACCGGGAGUCAGCCUGCUAUGAAUACGUCAUCCACAACGGUGCCUGUAUUCCAGAGUGUCCCUCUGGAUACACCACUAUCAACUCCACUACAUUGACCUGUUCACCGUGCGCAGGCCUGUGUCCUAAACUGUGUGUGGGAAAUAAGACGAUCGACUCUGUAACCUCAGCCCAGGCUCUUAGAGGCUGCACUGUUCUCCACGGCAACUUGAUCAUCAAGAUUCAAGGAGGGAAUAACAUUGCAGCUGAGUUGGAGGCCAGUUUGGGCCAGCUUGAAGAGAUCACCGGCUCCCUGACUGUUCGCCGAGCCUACGCACUGGUCUCUCUCUCCUUCCUCCGCAAACUACGCAUCAUUAGGGGGGAGCAUCUUGAGGCAGAUACCUUUGCCUUCUAUGCGCUGGACAACCAGAACCUGCGUGAGCUGUGGGAUUGGUCCAAGCACAACCUGACCAUCCAGCAUGGUCGUAUGUUCUUUCACUACAACUCUAAACUGUGCAUGUCUGAAAUCAGAAAAAUGGAGGAGAAAACGGGAACCAAGGAGCGCAACCUAAAGAAUGACAUCGCCGGACGCACCAAUGGGGACCAAGCCUCCUGUGAGACCAAGCUGCUGAAAUUCACUGUGAUCAAGACAUCAUAUAAUAUGAUUAUGCUGAGAUGGGAGCCAUUCUGGCCGUCGGACUUCAGAGACCUGCUGGGCUUUAUGGUUCUUUACAAAGAGGCGCCAUACAAGAAUGUGACGGAAUUCGAUGGACAGGACGCGUGUGGCUCUAACAGCUGGGCGAUCGCUGAUGUCGACCCUCCAUCCCGUUCCACGGACAGCAAGAAGGCAGAGAAUCCGGGGCACCUGAUCCGACCGUUGAAGCCCUGGACCCAGUACGCCAUUAUGGUCAAAACUCAACUGUCCGCAUCUGACGAGCACCAGGUUCACGGAGCCAAAAGCGAGAUCAUCUACGUCCGUACCAAUGCCUCCAAGCCCUCUGUGCCUCUGGACCCGAUCUCCUCCUCCAACUCCUCCUCUCAGAUCAUCCUGAAGUGGAAGCCUCCCGCCAGUCCCAAUGGCAACAUCACCCACUACCGGGUCACCUGUACAAAACAGGCCGAGGACAGUGACCUCUACAAGUUCGACUACUGCCUACAAGGAAUGAAGCUGCCAUCUCGCACACCAACCCACCUGGACAGCGAGGACGAGCAGAAGUGGAACCACACAGAUGAGCCCACCUCAGGGGGAAGGUGCUGUGCUUGUCCCAAGACGGACAGCCAACUGAAGAAGGAGCAGGAGGAGAUAGAGUACCGCAAGACCUUCGAGAACUACCUCCACAAUGAAGUCUUCGAGAGCAGACCUUCUCGUCGGCGUCGUUCAGUGGGAGUUGCCAAUGCUACCCAAAGCUCUUUCUUCCUCACCACAGCCCCCGGUUUGUCAUUCGGCUCAACUACAGCCAACCCAAAAGACACAGAUAAGGACAACGAGGAUUCGAAGAUGGAGCUGAAGGUGUUCUCAAAGGAGUCAACUGUGAUCUCCAACCUGCACCACUUUACCAGUUAUAAGAUUGAGAUCAUGGCCUGUAACCAUCCGACAGACAUCAAACGCUGCAGCAUGGCUACAUAUGUCAGCGCCCGAACUAUGCCGGAGGAGAAAGCAGACGACAUCCCGGGGCCCAUCACCCAUGAGAUAGUGACAGCCGAGCCUCCCUAUGUGUUGAUCAAAUGGAACGCACCCCGGUCCCCCAAUGGCCUCAUAAUCCUGUACGAGGUGUUCUACAGGAGGGUUGGAGACACAGAGAUUCACACAUCUUGUGUGUCACGGCCAGCCUACCUUAAGUCAGGUGGCACGAAGCUUUCACUUGUGCAGCCUGGAAACUACAGCGUGAAUGUCCGCGCCACUUCUUUGGCAGGAAACGGCUCCUUCACAGAAACCACAUACUUCUUCAUGCCAAACCCGGAUCCAGGUUUAAUCUGGAUUGUGAGUGGUCCGGUCAUCUGUUUCAUCCUGCUGCUGAUCGUGGGAGGGGGGGUUUUUGUGAUGUUCAAGAAGAGGCAAACAGAAGGCCCGACAGGACCUCUAAUCGCCUCCUCAAACCCAGAGUACCUCAGCGCCAACGAUGUGUAUGUUCCUGACGAGUGGGAGGUGCCCAGGGAGAAGAUCAAUGUGCUCAGAGAGCUGGGUCAGGGCUCUUUCGGUAUGGUGUAUGAGGGAAUCGCCAAGGACAUCAUCCAAGGAGACCCGGACACGCGCGUAGCCGUCAAGACGGUCAACGAGUCUGCCAGCCUACGAGAGAGGAUCGAGUUCCUCAACGAAGCCUCCGUCAUGAAGGCUUUCAGCUGUCACCACGUGGUACGCCUGUUAGGUGUGGUGUCCAGAGGUCAGCCCACGCUGGUAGUAAUGGAGCUAAUGACUCACGGUGACCUGAAGAGUUAUCUGCGUAGUCUCAGGCCUGACUCUGAGAACAACCCAACAGGCCGGUCGCCACCUACACUGAAAGAGAUGAUCCAGAUGGCAGCAGAAAUUGCAGACGGCAUGGCCUACCUCAACGCCAAGAAGUUUGUCCACAGAGAUCUGGCAGCCAGGAACUGCAUGGUGGCCGAGGACUACACCGUCAAGAUCGGAGACUUUGGCAUGACCCGAGACAUCUACGAGACUGACUACUACCGUAAAGGUGGGAAGGGCCUGCUUCCUGUCAGGUGGAUGGCUCCAGAGUCUCUGAAGGAUGGAGUCUUCACUGCCAACUCUGACUGCUGGUCAUUUGGUGUUGUGCUGUGGGAGAUCAGCACACUAGCAGAGCAGCCGUACCAGGGCUUAUCCAACGAACAGGUGCUAAAGUUUGUCAUGGAUGGAGGGUACCUGGAACGGCCAGACAACUGCCCCGAGAGGAUGCACAGCCUCAUGCAGAUGUGCUGGCAGUACAACCCCAAGAUGCGGCCGAUGUUCCAUGAGAUCAUCGAGAUGCUGCGGGAGGACCUGCACCCAUCUUUCCAGGAGGUCUCCUUCUUCUACAGCGAGGAGAACAAAGUCCCAGAGACAGAGGAGUUUGACCUGGACCUGGACAACAUGGAGAGCAUCCCCCUGGACCCGUCGUCAUACUCACAGAGAGAGGAGAGCUUAAGCAGGGACAGCGGGCCCUCGGUGGCCCUCAGGGGGAACUAUGAGGAGCAUGUCCCCUACACACACAUGAACGGUGGCAAGAAAAACGGACGAAUCUUAUCGUUGCCCAGAUCCAGCCCUUCCUAACAUUUCCUGUUUCCUUAAAGAACUUGUUUAACCUGUUUCCCUUCCCAUCCUUCUUUUUCUUCCAGUCCAUAUUUUCUGUAUCCUUCAUGUUUCUCUCAUCAUUUUCUUAUGAUUCUCUUACUCUUGGAGAAGCCCUUAAAAAACCCCACAGAUCUCAGGACUUUUUAUUUUCUUCCCUAUGGCUGCCAAACACAGGCAAGCAAGGGAUGCAAACAUGGUGUAAACACUUUUUUAUCUUCCUCCACAACACAUCGGACUUUCUAUUUACCAUAUUACCUAUCUAUUGUUUUUCACUAUUGCCAGGUUUCCAGGACUCCUUUUGAUGGAAACAGAGAAAAAAAACUGUGAACACAACAAACCUUAGACAACCAAGAAGGCUGCUUAUGCUCAACUUCCUCAAAGACUUUGUCCCUCCUCUUCUUCUUCUCCCCACAGAUCUGCAUUUCCACAUUUCUGUGCUUUUGUGUUUUUUUUUCUCUCCAAGUGAAAACUUGUUACUCAGAUAGUGGCCUUUUUGUAUGUGGCCUAUAAACAAAGACAAGUGUCUAUCAGCGCUUAUCCUAAUUUCCUUUUGAACAAUGACUUAAAUCAGUUUGGAACGGUGGGAUGACUUGCAAAGACUUGAUCCUAGAACAAACAUCUAUUCCUAGAGGAAUGUUUUUGUUUUUGUUGUGUUUUUUUUUUUUUUUUUUUUUUUUGGUUCUGCAGAAUUCCAAACUACACACAGAUUCAUCGGGUGUUUGGUGAAUAGUUUUAAUUUAUUUGCUUUUUAUUGUUACUCUUAUCUUCUUUUCUCUCUCAGUUUUAUUUCUGUGUCCUCACUAUAUGGCUGAAGGAUAUUUAAACAGUUAAGAAUUGGACAAAAGAGUUCCUCAGACUGACCAAUAGCUGCUGCUUUGAUAUAUUUUAGUGGGUAUAGAAAUAUAUAAAUAUAUAUAAUAUAUAUAGUAUAUAUGGAAUAUUGGUAUUGAUGUACCAAUAUUUUAUAUAUAAUAUAUGAGAUAAUUAUGUUUUUUGUAAAUAGUUCAUAUUUGUAAUAUUUUUCAUCAGAAGCUUUGCUAGUAUUUUGUUUUGCCAGGUUUUUUCUUUCUGGGUUUUUUUUUUUAUUUUCUUAUUUUUAUACCCCCAGAAAUCACACUAAUCUACCAUCAGUGCUCUCUGUGUCUUAGACCUCCAGUCCCGCCCUCCUUUGAUUACUCAAAGCCCGGAAAUAUUGUCACCUCACUUCAUCAUGUUUUUUAUAAACCUCGUUCCCACUGAGAGCUGUCAAUAUUUGGAGGCAACUUUACUACAAACAACAGGAAAAAAAACAAACAAAAAAAAGGAAUAACCAAAAAAAAAAGCUUUAUAAAUGGGGAAUGAGGUCUUUCUAGGUGGAAGUGCACCUGACGUGUGUUUGUCUCUGUGUCUGCCAUCUCUCUCUCUCUGGUCAGAUCACGCUGGAGCUGAACGCUUUACAUGUGCGUUAUCACAGGUUUAUUUUGCCUUUCGUGUGGUUAUGCUGGUCCGAGUCAUCACGAGUGAUCUGGUCACUGAACUCUCAGUGAGGUUAGGGAGUGUCCAGAGUUGCCCUUUGCCUGGUGAUUAUACCUCCUUGUGUCGGUGUAACAGUGCUGGUUUGUCAGUUGUGUCGUUGCUGCGUGGAUGAGAGCAGGGUGAGGAGUGAGCACCAGCUCUCAGCCAAAUGCAGGUGACGAUCAGAUAAUUGUCUUUGUAGUUAAGGCCCUCAUAAUUUAAAUUAGAAUAGAAUUCCCUUCCCAUCUGACCCGAGAUCUGCCACAGUGCAGGCCCCUCAGCGGUUGUUGGAAGGUUUUUGUUAAAUUCACACAUUGAAGCCUCCUCUCGUCAUACUGCUCUGCACCACACACACACCUCCUGCACGCCUCCUCACUUUUCCUCUGGUUUCCCAUUGGACGCUCGGCCCACUGCUCAAAAUCAGGCUGUUGGAAAUUUCCACAUUUUGUGGUAGAGGGCUGGAGAGAAAUACGGAAAGUUCCAGCUGUAUUCAGAGUCCGCAGCAGGUAGUGGAGCGAGGGGCAGCCUCUCUAUCUUUCAGUUUUUCUCUGAGGGGGGGGCAGUGUGUGAGUGAUCGUUAAUCCUAUUACUCUCUCUGCUAUCACAUGUAGUUAGGCAGUCAGGACACAGUGUGCAGCAGCUAUUUCACUCAGGUCUGACAUUCCGGGAUUUAGUUGGAACUACUCGUUCCCCGUCGUUCUCCCCCCUGUUCUUGCCUGCCUGCUGGCAAAGCCGAUACCAUCACCACACCCCAUCAGAUUCAGAGCACCACACACAAACACACAAACUUUCUUGUAUUUCCUCCUUGAUAAUCAAAUAACUGAAUUUUGCUGGGAAUCAAAAACAUUCCUGUCAUCUUUACCUUUACACAAAGCUAGCUAAAAGUCCAGUGUGUAGGAUUUAGUGGCACCUGAACAUCCCGUUCUUCGCCCUCCCUAAAGGUGACCACUAAAAAUGCAAGAAAAUGCAAAAGGCCUCUUGAGUGUCCGUGUUUGGUUUGUAGUGACACUUGGUGGACUCUGUGGAAGAGGACCUGCCCCCUCUGUAGACAUAAAGGGCUCGUUCUAAGGCGGCAAAAAAACAAAAAACCCAGAGUUCCAGCAUGAAAACUAGUGCUGCAACUAACAAGUAUUAUCAUUGCAGAUUAAUCUAUAGAGUAUUUUCAGGAGUAAUUGAUUACUUGUUUGCUUUAUUAAAUGUCAGAAAAUGGUGACAGCUGUCGAUCAGAACCCAAGAUGAUGUCCUUGCAUAUCUUGUUUUGUCCAAAAACCCACAGAAGAGUAAAAGAACCAGAUCACACUUUUCACAUACACAUAUUAGAAGUUACAAUCAGAAAAUUUUGAUCUUUUCAUUCGUUUUUCCUUCAGACUAAGUUUAUGUCCUCAAAUAUCUUUUUCCACGGCUCAGAGGUAUGCAGUUGCCUGCAUAAAGAAGUAAAGACACCUGAAAAUAUUCAUGUUAAAGAAUCUGGAAUCAGAAAUUUUGACAAAAAGAAACUAAAACUAAAGUAAUUGGCAUUGAUGUAAUAGUUGACAGCUAAUCAACUAAUCAUUGCAGCUAUAAUGAAAACAUUGUUUUAUUCCAUAUCGCCCCUGAGUCCUACACAGCAGACCUUUUGAAGAUUGUUAAUUCACCGACGCCAUCUUCCUCCAAAUACGCUCCUCUCUCACUCACAUGGGAGGUGACAGGCACCAGACGAUAUGCAGACCAAUGUGGUUGCCAAUCUAGCCGUAACAGCAUUCAGCACUUAUAGUACAGCCAAAGUGUUGGCAGCUUUCUGUCAACAGUGAAAACCCACAGAAUCAGAGUCAGAGAAAGCAGAGAAGCUGCCUCCAUAUUUCUACCAGUGCCUUCUCAAACCCAGAGCCACAUCCAGGCUGGUUCUACUGGCUAGUAACACACACACACACACGCGCACGCACACACACACACACACACACACACACACACACACACACACAGGCCUCUGUGAUCUCUGUAUUUUUCACAAGGCCAGUGAGGCGCAGAAAUCGAAGCUGCAUCUACACUUUUGUUUUCGUCUUUGGGGCAGUUUUUUUUUUUUCCCCUUGCCGGGUUUGAACACUAAAUGUUCACCUUGUGCUUUAGCAGUGACACUGUGGAUUGGCCAGAGUCUGUGCUGUUUGCACUCGGAGGCGAGCCGAGGCUUAUGAUUUAGAUUUUAGCUAAUUAUUCUGAAGAGUUACAAUCUCGGGCUUUUGUACUUUGUAAAUAAUCUGUGACAUAGUUUGGAAAAUAAAAGCAGAAAAAAAAACAUAAAAAAUGCCCGUCAGUUUCGCAUACAUGACAGAAAAAAAUGGUGGAGCUCAGCUGUGUCCCAAUUCCGCACUACAAACUAAUACUACUUUCUUACAUUUAAAGCGUACUGUGUUUGGCAGUUUAACUGUACUUAAUUUUCCAGUUUAAACACACUACAUACUCAGAAUCCAGUCAGGAUCAGUGUGUCAUAUGGACGUGGGACACGGCUCUGGUCUCCACCUCGACCUAGGUUGCUUAUCUUGUGGUGAUGUCCACACGCAUAUGCAAUUUUUAAUUAAGAUGGUGCCCAUAUCUUUGAAAUACCAGAUAUUUAUUUUAUUAUGAUCAUUGUCAUUGUUAAAGAAGAACACAGUUAGCUUUUUAGUCGAGCAUUUUUAAGGCGUUUCAGAGCGGAGCGGUGUUGAAGCCUAGUUUGUUGUUGAACAGGUGGAGUAGCCGGUGGCGAGCAGCAGCGGGCGUGCUAGUUAGUUAGUUAGCUAGUUAGUUAGUAAGUAAUUGUCGUCGUCUUUGUGUUUGGCCGGAGUCUACCUCAGUGCAUAUGGAGGAAUCAGUCUAAAGAGCCUAAAUCAUCCCCGUCAGUCACUCGGCAUCCCAUCAUUUCAAAUAAUAUCACUUUCUCAUACAUUACCAACACUGCUGAUGAAUUCCUUCCACCUCUGCUGUGUUAAACCCCUCCCUUGUUUCUUCUUCUUCUGUCCUGGGGGAAGCUGUCAUCAGUUGAUUUUGUGGGGUUGUAUUUUGGCCCUUUCUCAAUUUUCAAUUUUAAAGCUAAUUCCCAGUCAUUGUCGUGGAGCUUUCAGCCCCAGCACUUGUUAAAUGUGGAACGUGAGGCAGUAAAUUGGCUUUAUGGAUGGUGUUUUCUUUUCAUUGUUUAUAAAAAUGACUCACGAGGUUUCCCCCGGGUGCUAGAAGAAGCAGCGUAGCUUUAUUGUGUGUGUUCCCCUUGUCCAUAAACACCAAUCUGUACGUAGUAGCAGCUCUGCUGGUUUCUGAGGAUGUGACAUUAGCACGAGUCCAAAAAAGUGCAUAUCUGAUAUUGUCAAGCUCAGCCCUGGACCCUCAUGCUUUUUAACUCACAUCCAGACUGGCAGAAAGCCCUACGCCGCAUCCUCCUCCUCCUCCUCCUCCUCCUCUUCCUCUUCUUCUUCUUCAGUCAGUCUGUCUCUUUGUGCUCCAAACAGUUAGCGGUCAAAAUCCCACAUCUCCUCUAGUCUGUUUCUGUUUCUCUGUUCUGAUUUUUGUUUUGUAUGUAUAUUUUUUCUACUGUGAAUAAUAUCAAGAGAGAUAACCUUUAUUUUCUGUCAAUGCCAUGGAUUGGGUCUGUUUUGGCGGAUCAGGAUGCUGACAUCUGGACUGGUUCAUAAAGUUUUAAAGAGGAGCGCCUCCCCUUGCUUCUCUGUAAAGGAAAAAGAAAAAAAAAAUGCUGGACUGGGACAAUCCUGUGUGCCAUAAUAACACUAAACAGACAUGAAAUCUAGAUUGUAACUUUUCGUCUCAGGGAGGCAGCCUGAUGCUUUGUGGUCGGAGGAUUAAGAGGAUGAGGAGGAAGAAGAGCUACCUGCAUACCUUUUUUUUCUCCUCUGACUGAAGCGCAAGUUCUCAGCAUCCUUGCAAAAAAAAAUGCAAAACGGAGUUUUCAACAACAAAAACCCAAACACCCCUUUUUUCAAAAACUCUGAAAUCUUUCUGCCCCUUUUUGAAGAUAAUCAGGAAUCCUCCUCUCUCUCUGACGUGACGUGGUCUGGACUGCCCUCUAGUGGCUGGAUGGGAGUGUUGCAGGUCAGGAGUGGUCGAAGCAAACGGGCCCCCUGACCCAUAGUGCCUUGCUCAGACUAACGGCCCGCCUGACCCCCCCUCCACCCACUCCGCUACCCCCGUCGGAGCAAAUCCGCCACCGUCUGGCUCGUCUCCACCAAUCACUAAAGAGGAUCUUUUCCACCUCUAAACAUGAAAUGAAAACACAGGAAUUCUGUUUGUAUGUAUUCUGUGGAAAAUACUGUAAUUGGGAUUAUAUUACAACAGAUGAUUUUUACCAAAAAAAAAAAAAAAAAGAUAUGAACUUGUGUCUCUACUCUGCUAAAGCUCUGGCUUGCUUUAUGCAUGGAAAAAUGAAUAAUCUAUACCAGCAGAUAGCUCGAUGCUUAGUGAUUUUUUUUUUUGCUUCUCAUCAUCAGUCUGUUUGGAAAGCGACGCCCCAAAGCACAUAUAAAAAAAAAAAAAAACACGAUUAGCAACAGGCAUCACAAUUGGAGGAUUUUCCAGUUGAAAUGCUUUCAGAUUCCCAAGAAAACAAACUGAUUAAUAAGCUCUUAACUGUAAAUAGCAGCAGAUUCCCCCCCUGGCCCCUGAAAAAUGAAAGCGCUUGACUUUAGGGAAGUUUAGGUUUGUUUUGUUGAACUCUGAUGACCUAAAAAAAAAGAAAAAAAAAAAGAAAACGUGGUUGGACAGAGCAUGCUCAUAAACACAGCGCAGGGUGAGAACAAAGCAUUGUAUGUAUUAUUGUUUUGUUUUAAAGAAAAAGAAAAAAGUAUUACAUUUUAGAGAUGUUGAUUUCUAUUUUUUUUAGCAAGUAUGGAGGGCAAAUACAAUUACUUUUUUCUGACUGUAAACUUUUACUACUCUUGUACAUUAUGAAUUUAACAUUGUUAUCAAUGCGUAUGUAACUUGUUUUCUAAAUUUAAAGAGAUAAAUGUUUUUUUUUUUUUUUGUUCUUUUGUUGUUUUUCAUGACACAACCCACUACACAGAAAAGAGCAGAGUCGAGUCUAUCGAUGUUUUAUAACCGGAGCAGCACAACUCCAGUCUGAGGGCUUAGUAACCCUUUGUAACAAGACAUUAAACAGUAUGUGGCCUGAAACUUUUUUUUUUUCUGCAAACCCCCGCUCUUAAUCCGAUGCGUGUUCCGAAUGUUGGCCGACAAGACGUCAUGCAUUUCGACCGCCCCACCCCCCCACCCAGUCCCAGCAGCAUGUCACCCAGAAAGCCUUUUCUUGUGUCACGAAUAUGUCGUCCUAUCACAGAUGUUGUUGUAUGAAAUAGUUUCUGACAAGAGACGUGUUUAGUUUGAAAAUGUAUUUUUUUUCUUUUAUGUGAAAAACUGGAAAAGACCACUGCACAUCCUUUUUGAAGAAGAGGAAGCACGAGUGAUAAAAUCCCGAAUAAGCUAUAACUCUACUGAUGGUUCAAUAACCACACGUCUUCUCGUUUAGACUGUAAAGCCGGAAGUCUAAUAGGAAUAUUUGAGAUUUUGGGAAACUAUGCAUGUUUGUUUGAGUUAGAUGAGAAGAUGGAUACAUGAUAGAUUAGGCUUUAUCUGAUUAACUUUAGCAUUGCCAACACAGUAUAUCUCAUUAUUGAAUCCGAGAGAAUUUGCACGGGAGCAUUUUCUUGAUUGGAUGCAGUUACUUCCUGGACUCUUUGGCCAAGAAACAGUCCUGGUCUUAACCCUUCUUUAAAGAUAUAAUAUGUAACAUUUCCACAUUUAAAGCGUCUAAAACCCUAACGUCUUCGAUCAAGUUUCAACUCACGUAGUACUGUGAAGGUAACAGUGUGGUUAAUUCGGAUGCCUGACCUUUAACUUUCGUGAGUGAGCAAGGAAGGAAGUAAGUGAACGUGACUAAAUGUGAUGUCAAUAAAACAGAAACUCUUUCGUAAUGGUAGCUGAUCAACUCUGAAAAUAACUACCAUGACCCCAAAUGCACAAAAUGUUGUUAAAAGGCUAGCUAGUUUUCCUUGUGCUAAGCUAAGCUAAGCUAACUGGCUGUAUCCCUGCGUGUAGCCAUCAGAUACAAAUGGCAUCGUUCUUGUCAGAGAGUGAACGAGCGCAUUUUCCUAAAAUGUCAAAGUUCUCCUUUUGACGAGGCUCGGCGUAAACGUGAAGCACCUUCAGCUGUAAAAUAAGUACUGUCUGUCAGUAGUGUGACGAUGACCUGUUCAUAUUCGUGUUGUUGAUCACGGAAAGAUGGACAGCGGGGGGCGUUGCGGGUGUCGUGACCCUGCGUGUUUGAUGACAAAAACCUCUUCUGAAGAGUCAUCUGUCGGUCCAGUGGUCUACUCCAGUUUGCACACCGAUAUCUUAUAUUUAUCUUUGUCCUGUUCCCUGUGCUGUACGUUGUUUAAAAUCGAUGGAGUUGUGUCUGUGUCGUCCUUGGUUGAAGUCUUUGCGACAGCUUUCUUUGUCUCUGAUCGCUGCUCCUCCUCUUCCUCCUCCUCCUCCUCCUCCUCCUCCUCCUCCUCCUCCUCCUCUUCCUCUGUGUCCUUCUUUCUCUCCUCAGUGCACAUAGGUGGUCCCCAGAAUGCUGUGUGUAGUCUUGCAGGAUACCUCUUUUUAUUAAUGUCAGUUAUUGUCGAUGAAUAUGCUGAUGUAUUAAUUUCGGGAUAUGUUUUGUAUACAUUAUGUUGAGACAUAGGUGCGUAUGCAGACAGCAGGUGUAAAUGUGUGUAUGUACAGUCCAAAAACCCGCAACCCACAGAGAUCGCUUCAUCCCUCACACUGGAUCCAAAUGUGCCAUUAUCUUUAUGUAUCACAUAUAUCAACAUAUUGAACACACACACACACACACACACACACACACACAAACACACAUAUAGAUACACACAGACACACACACACACACAGAAAUACAUGCAUAUUGUACAGGAUCAAAUAUGUGCCAUGACUAAAUGAACGCUUGACAAUUUAUUUUUUCUAUGUUUUCAAAGGAGAGCCAAGUAGUGACAUGUACAGAAAAUGUUGCAAUGAUAUGAAAAUAAAAAUCUUGCUGUGUGUAAAUUAUUCAACAAUUAACUGUUUAUAUUAAAAUUAUGAAUAAAAUUAUUGGAGAAUA